AUGAUCACCGCAUUCUCUCGGGAAUCGAACAAGAAGGUCUACGUCCAGCACCGACUCAAGGAGCGGGCCAAGGAGGUCAACGAGCUGCUUCAACAAAAGGCCUACUUCUACGUCUGCGGUGAUGCCGCCAACAUGGCCCGCGAGGUCAACGCCGUCCUGGCCCGCAUCAUCGCCGAGGGACGCGGCGUAUCGGAGCAAAAGGGCGAAGAGGUUGUCAAGCACAUGAGAUCGGCCAACCAGUACCAGGUGCGUACCCUUUGCAUCCCCAACCCCCCGACCUUCCGCCGCAGGCUAACGUGGCGCGUCACAGGAGGAUGUCUGGUCAUAGAUGAUAAAGAGCACGAUAGAGAGCGGGAAACAGAAAACCCAAAGUAUGCAUUCACGACAUCGAUAUUUUUUCUCCGCGGCUGA